UACAGGCCUGCUCCACCAUGAUGGGUCAGUGCGACCCAUGUACAGGCCUGCUCCACCAUGAUGGGCAUGUUCGACCACCAGCGGACAGGCCGCAUCGACGUCCAUCAGUUCGCGCAGCUCUUCGCCUUCAUCAACCAGUGGACGGAGGCCUUCAAGCGUGCUGACGCUGACCACUCCGGCAGCAUUACUGUCAGCGAGAUGAUGCCAGUGCUGCAGCAGCAGGGCUACAACGUGUCCCCCGGGACGGUCCAGCUGAUGGUGCAGAAGUACGGGCAGCCUGAGGGGGGCGCGUACCCCCUGCCAGGAGCGACGGCCAGCCUCGGGCUCGACGGGUUCAUCCUGGUGAACGUGCAGCUGCGACGUCUCACGGACACCUUCAGACAGAAGGACGUACAGCAGAAGGGACAGAUCACCGUCAGUUAUGAGGAGUUCGUCACCAUGGUCGUCAAUACCGUCUAGACGGCGGCAAUACUGUCUAGACGGCGGCAAUACUGUCUAGACGGUGGCAAUACUGUCUAGACGGCAACACCGUCUAGUUUCCGUCAUUUGCGUUUUAAAGUUGCGGUCGCGGUUUAAAGUUCAUUUUAAAAAUCAACGUAAUUGGCAUUUGAAUUUAAAGCAGACAACCACAACAAUGAUGGUUGCACAUGCACACAACCAAAACAAUGCUGAUGGUUGAAGACAACCACAACAAUGCUGAUGGUUGCGCACAACCACAACCAUUCCCUGCCACCUAUUUACCGUGGCCCUCUUACGUGUUCUGAAAGACUAUUUUUAUAAGAGAUUUCCAGGAGCGUUUACAUGCGACAUUUAUUAACAAAUAAACGAAUUUUUAAUCUAACUCACAGAUUGUUAUUUGUAAUGUCGGCCUUUCCGUGUAUGUUAUAAUAACCCAUGUUAAGAACAGGUUCUUCUGAAUGAUUGUUAACAAAUAAUGAUUGCUGAUUCAAGUAUAUAUAAUGGCUGCCGGCCAACUAUUGUACUGCUCUGUAAAGUAUUACUGAGCCAAAGUUUCGGUGUAUCUAUUUUCUACGGUGAUUGUCUUGUAUUGAUUCUGAAAAAUAUAUUUGUACUUGUU